GCACCUCAUUAUGUCAAUCUUAUCACCAGGCGCGGCGAGCAACGCAAUUAUCGCGGUUGUGUAAAAUAAAUAUGAUUAAUCCGUUAUAGAGGCGAAUUUGUGUUCGCUCGUAAUAAGGCUUUGAAGUCCAUCCGCGUAUAACAACGCUACCAAAACAUAAUUAUAUACCACAGGAUAUUCAAAUUAAACCGAUGCUCAGUUACAGCAGGUGGCGUUGCUUGUAGGCUAUAAUUGCGUAUGGAUACGGAUUUUGGAUUGGAUCUGCCUGUUCUUCAAAUGCCAAGGAAUCCUUGAGAAAGGUCAGUCGAAUCAACCCUUGCUUUGCUUGGGGCAAUGUGCGUCUAGAUGACAACUACUUCAACAAGCACGGUAGCACUGGACUAAAGAUAUAACCGCCCACUUCCUUCUCUCUCGGUUUGAGCCUCUCACGCCCGCUAGCACCAUGGGUAACCGGGGAAUGGAGGACUUGAUCCCGUUGGUCAACAAGCUUCAGGACGCUUUCAGCGGCAUCGGUCAGAGCUGCAAUCUUGACCUGCCACAGAUCGCGGUAGUCGGCGGACAGAGCGCUGGCAAGAGCUCCGUGUUGGAGAACUUCGUUGGCAGGGACUUCCUGCCCCGAGGCUCUGGGAUCGUCACCCGCAGGCCCCUUGUCCUGCAGCUUAUCAGCGCCAAUGCAGAAUGGGCAGAGUUCUUGCACUGCAAAGGGAAGAAGUUCACAGAUUUUGACGAGGUUCGCCAGGAGAUUGAGGCAGAGACUGACCGCAUUACCGGGGCCAAUAAGGGCAUCUCUCCUGUCCCCAUCAACCUGCGCGUCUACUCCCCACAUGUGCUGAACCUGACCCUGAUCGACCUGCCAGGCAUCACCAAGGUGCCGGUGGGGGACCAGCCAGUGGACAUUGAGCAGCAGAUCAGAGACAUGAUCAUGCAGUUCAUCUGCAGGGAGAGCUGUCUCAUCCUGGCUGUCACCCCAGCCAACUCUGACCUGGCCAACUCCGACGCCCUCAAACUGGCCAAAGACGUCGACCCCCAGGGCCAGCGGACCAUAGGAGUGAUCACCAAGCUGGACUUGAUGGAUGAGGGAACAGAUGCCAGGGAGGUCCUGGAGAACAAGCUGCUACCCUUGAGGAGAGGUUAUAUUGGAGUGGUGAACCGCAGUCAGAAGGACAUUGAUGGGAAGAAGGACAUCAAGAUGGCUAUGGCUGCUGAGAGGAAGUUCUUCCUGACUCACCCGGCCUACAGACACAUGGCCGAAAAGAUGGGCACCCCGUGCCUGCAGAAAGUCCUCAACCAGCAACUGACCAACCACAUCCGUGACACGCUGCCAGCGUUCCGUAGCAAGCUGCAGACCCAGCUGCUGUCUCUGGACAAGGAGGCCGAGGAGUACCGAGGAUACCGCCCUGAUGACCCAGGACGGAAGACCAAGCAACUGCUGCAGAUGGUGCAGCAGUUCUCAGUGGACUUUGAGAAGCGUAUCGAGGGCUCUGGGGACCAAGUGGAUACUGUAGAGCUCUCUGGUGGAGCCAAGAUCAACCGCAUCUUCCACGAGCGAUUCCCCUUCGAGCUGGUGAAGAUGGAGUGUGAUGACAAGGAGAUGCGGCGGGAGAUCAGCUACGCCAUCAAGAACAUCCACGGUAUCAGGACUGGCCUGUUCACUCCAGACAUGGCAUUUGAGGCCAUCGUGAAGAAGCAGAUAGUGAAGAUCAAGGAGCCGUGUAUCAAGUGUGUGGACAUGGUCAUUCAGGAGCUGAUCAACACCGUGCGCCAGUGUACCAACAAGUUGGAUUGCUUCCCCAGACUGCGUGAGGAAACCGAGAGAAUUGUGACCUCACACAUCCGAGACAGAGAGAGCAGGGCAAAGGACCAGGUGUUGCUGCUAAUCGAUGUCCAGCUCUCGUACAUCAACACUAACCACGAGGACUUCAUAGGCUUUGCUAAUGCACAGCAGAGCAGCAAGCAGAGUAACAAGCAGAGCAGCGCUGCGAGCCAGGUCAGCCAGGUAAUCCGUAAGGGCUGGCUGACCAUCAACAACAUCAGCAUAAUUAAAGGUGGAGCUAAGGAAUACUGGUUUGUCCUGACCGCUGAGAGUCUGUCCUGGUUCAAGGAUGAUGAGGAGAAGGAAAAGAAAUACAUGCUCCCUCUGGACAACUUGAAGGUGCGCGACGUGGAGAAAGGGUUCAUGUCCAGCAAGCAUGCCUUUGCCAUCUUCAACACGGAACAAAGGAAUGUGUACAAGGACAAUCGUUUCCUGGAGCUGGCCUGUGACACUCAGGACGAGGUGGACAGUUGGAGGGCUUCUCUCUUGCGCGCUGGAGUCUACCCCGAAAGGUCUUCUAAUGUGGAAAGUGAGGGAGGCGGCACAUCGUCCUCGUCCCAGGACAACUUCUCCAUGGACCCUCAGCUGGAGCGGAAAGUGGAAACCAUCCGGAACCUGGUCGACUCCUACAUGGCCAUCGUCAACAAGUGCAUCCGUGACCUCAUGCCCAAGACCAUCAUGCACCUCAUGAUUAGUAAUGUGAAGGACUUCAUCAACGCGGAGCUGCUGGCCCAGCUGUACUCGGCCGAGGACCAGGGUGCCCUGAUGGAUGAGUCCCAGGAGCAGGUCCAGAGGAGGGACGAGGUCCUCAGGACCCACCAGUCCCUGAAGGAGGCCCUGGCCAUCAUAGGAGACAUCUCCACUACCACCAUCUCCACCCCCAUGCCCCCGCCCGUGAACGACUGGCGCGGUGGAGGCGGAAACAGGUCUCCUCCAACCAGCCCCACUGGUUCCAGGAGGAUGUCAUCAGGCCAACGCCCUAGUCCCGGAGGAGGGCGAGGGGCUCCACACCCUCCGAACCGCCCAGGACCCCUGGGGCCCUUCAACAACAGUGCUGACAGCCCCCAGAUCCCCAGCCGCCCCAACCGGGCCCCUCCCAACAUCCCCAGUAGGCGACCCCCUCCUUCUCCAACAAGAAAUAUCCCCCCAUCAUAAGCAAGGAGCUUGCGAUCUCUAAUGGGACUAGUGUUCAUCUCCUAUCUCAUCCUCCAGUGCUCAUCCUUCCCCUAUCCUCCCCAACCCCCUCUAUCUCUCUCUCCUUGGUCUUUACCCCCACCCCAGUGCAGACAUUGAACCCUUUGCCCUCUGACCUCAGGCCAGGUGACGAUCAAUGUCCAUGUAUUUAUGUACAGUAUGGUGCUUGUCUUGUGGUGUGUGUAUAUAUCUCUGUGCGCUUGUGCUCGCCUGUGGUCCAGGUUUUCUUAGCAGAUUCAGUUCCGACUGGGUUCCAGACCCUAGAACUUCAAUCUCCCUUACCUAGAACACAACCUGCAUAGAACCCCUCCACCCCAGCUGCUGCUUCUCUACAUAUCUAUGCUCAGCAGUGGCACUGCCCUACCAAAUGCGGCAUGGCACAUAGGCUGCUUUUGCUGCACGUACUUGUGUGUAUGUGGGAGGUGGAAAAAUUGGCAUAUAUAUAUAUAUAUAUAUAUAUAUAUAUAUAUAUGCCAAGUUCGUUUUAGUAUUAUAUAUUACACAUUGUACAACACCCCCUUUCUGUAUGUUUUUGCCUAGGUGUUCUUCUCUUAGAGACGAAAGGGUGUGUGAGAGUGUAAGUGUGCCUGUGUCAACCCCGUGUGCAUGUAUUGGCUGUCUGCACGUUUGUUGCUGUUUGUUUUUUAAGUUUUUAUUUGUUUUCAUGGUCCAAGCUGUUAAUAAAUCAAGACCCUUGAGAGUAAUUUGAUGUUGGAUCGCUGUGUGAUUUUUGUUCCUGUGUUGUAGUAGCAGCCGCAGCAGCCGAUACACAUAUAACAAGGCUGAGGACCAGUACCAACAGUGUAUUGUUUCUCACACAACCGCCGCAAUAAAUGCACUUAACCCUGUCAAUGGAGUCUGGUAUGCCUCUAUCUGCUGUAUCGGUGGUCAUCUUCCUCGCGCUUUUUAUUUAAUUUUUUUAAAGCUCAAACUCAGAGGCUGGCUGGAAAGAUGGAGGGAGGCUAUUCCCAACACAAAGACAGACAAAGUUCACCGAUUUAUUACUUCGCCUACCACAAUUAUGGGGAUACACAUAUCCCUGUAUGACUGAGAACGUGGUGACAUGUUCCGUUUAGCUUUUUCCUCGGGUUGGGUUGAAGCCCUCCCAUGUUCCUGACAGAUCACAGGUCACUUCAGAACUCUCUCUCUGUGUAAAACCUUUUCUCCUCUCACUCACCCCCUCCUUCCCCAGUCCUGAGUCCAGUCAGUCGCUGUGCCAAAGCUUAAGGUGGAUUUGUCUAAAGUGUUCUCUGUCAGUAUGUUAUUGUGUAUGUGGGCCUGUCCUCUUUUGAAACUGUUUUCUGCUGUGUGUGUGUGUGUGUGUGUGUGUGUGUGUGUGUGUGUGUGUAUACACAUACAAACAUAGGUGAAUGGUUGACUAUAAUGACCUUGUUACAAUCUAGCACUCUCCGUGUCUCUUGUAGCAUCUCACUCUUCUUUAUCUGGAAAUUAGAUCAGGAAAUUAGACCACUUCAAUGACAUGAUUUUACAAGUCUGUCUUGCUAAUGGUAGAGGAAAUAAAACAAUAUCAAGCAGAGGAAAUAAUACAAUAUCAAGCAGAACAUCAAUGAAUGGUAUGAAGAUAGCUUGCCUGUAGGAGGGUAUAGAUGGACGUAAGGAGUAAUUGGGGAAUUGAGUUGCAACAACGGUGGUUAUUUUAUUUGUGUGUCUGUGUCUAUCUCUCUAAAAUAAACUCUCUCCCCUCUCACUUUC